AAUAUGGCGGAAAAAGCUUAUUAACUUUUGUCUUAGAAUUAUUCCAGAGAAAAGUUUAAUCUAUCUUCGUUUCUGUUCACGUUAUUCUCGUCGACAUGACUCUUAUGGUUUUCUUUGGGUGCGCUUUUAUAGCAUUUGGACCAGCAUUGGCGCUGUUUUCCCUCACUGUAGCUAAAGAUGCUCAGCAAGUGAUUGUGUUGAUUGCAAGUGCUUUCUUCUGGUUACUGUCACUACUGCUGUCCUCAAUCUGGUGGACUGUUGUGUCUCCCUUAAAGAAGCAGCUGGCAUUUGGAAUUGCAUUUUCAGUUAUCUUUCAAGAACUCUUUAGAUUGGCUUUCUAUAAACUGAUGAGGAAAGCAGAUGAAGGUCUCCUUUCAAUGAUCAACAACCAGACACCACUAAGGAAACACAGGAUUGCAUAUGUUUCUGGUCUUGGCUAUGGUAUUAUUAGUGGAUUAUUUGCCAUGGUGAAUGUAUUAGCAGACAUAACAGGCCCUGGGUCAUUAGGGUUAAAUGGUGAUCCUCAAAACUUCCUAAUUGUCUCAGCUUUCUUGACCUCCUGUUUUGUUCUGCUGAAUACAUUUUGGGGAGUAAUAUGGUUCAAUGCUUGGGAUCACAAGAAUUGGAUCAACAUCAUUCUAGUUGUGGCCAGUCACCUUUUUGUAUCACUUAUUACGCUUCUGAAUGCUCAUUAUCACUAUGUUGCCUCACUUGUGUGUGCAUACAUCACCAUGGUAAUUAUGGGAGUAAUGGCGUUCAAGACUGCCGGAGGAAGCCUCUUUAACAUUUACAGACUCUUUUCACGGCAGACACACCAUGAUUACUAACAUGAAUCCAAACUUGACCAAAAUGUAAACUGUAUAUUAGAUAACUGACCUCGUAAAAUGUUCAGCAAGUUUAAUCACAGUGGAAAUGUAAACCGUUGAAGGGACAACACAAUGUGAGGCUUAGAAAGCUCGCAGUUGUUAAAAUUCUUUAGUACAUGGUAUCCUAUACUGCUCAGACUUGCUGAGAUAAUAUUUCCUCCAAAACUUCUUAAACCCUUUACACCCAAGUAUCAGUGUCUAUAUUCUCCUUAAUCUUCUCUAUACACUACCUUUGUUGCUGAUGUGGAGAAUAUGUUUAAAAAUCAAAGCUUGUUAGGUUAGCAAUCAUUUCCUUUAUUCUCCUGAUCUUAAUGAAUGAUUCAGCAGUAUUAAUGUAAGGAGAAAUUACAUGCUGGUCACUCUCAGGGUUUAAGAGGUUAAACAGGAGUUAGAGCAAAUGAACUGGUGCUUGAGAAGGUCUAGCAGAAAGCAUAUGUUUGCUUUUGUUCCUAUUUUUUCUUCAACUUCUUGCAUAUGUAGCUUGCAGUUGUAUCAACAAAACACAAUUUUCAUCUGAGGGUGGUACCUGUUAAUUAAUAGAUGUAUCUGUCUGAAAUCCAUCACCAGAUAUUUUGACAGUUAUGGAAAUACUUUGAUGAUAUUGUCUGAUAACUUUGCCUUCAUGUAAUUUGCUCAGAUUUGAGGUUUAUUUCAAAUUUAAGGUAUCGAAAAAUAGAGAA